UUCACUAGCUCACCUGCAACCUCCAUGGUGUUGCGAGCGCGAGGUUAUUAGGGAUGUUCUUAUCAACGGCCAAAUCUUCUGCUGGAAGCUGCGGAACAUGCUCUCCUUCGCAAAAAGAUUACGUUCCUACGUGCCAUGCCUCCAGUCCGCGGCUCACCAACUGCGGUGGGCCCGAACGGACGCCGGCCCACCAAGGCGGCGGGGCAGGACUUCGGCCCUGGCCAAGGUGAAGGCGGAGGAGAAAUCGGAAUGGUGGAUAGUAGACGGCGAAAUGCACGAGAUCGGCGACCACGUGCCGCCUCGUGAGCGCUUCGUUAUUCCGAGAGAUAACAUCCCUAAUAAGCGUCGGAAGCAGCUCAGAGAACAGUUCAUGCGUCGGACUCGCCUCGUUCUCAAGGAAUCGGAGCAUGAGCCAUGGUGCAAAAGAUACAUGGAGCUGUAUCAGGAACUCAGAGAGAACUGGGAGAGGUUGUAUUGGGAUGAAGGCUACUCCAAAAAAAUUGCCCAAGAUCAUGCCAAUUAUGAGUCUGAAGAUGAUGAUCAAGACUUCUCUCCCUACAGGAGUAGGCGAUCCAAUGCUGAGCAAAUGAAGGGAAGGGGUUCUGGGAGUAGGCAAGGUGAUACUUGGGAAAAGGUCAGCCAAAUUCGGGAUAAGUUUGAAUAUGACAGGGAGAGAAGAAUGAGAGACAAAGCAUUUGCACCCAUGAAUAGAGGACCUAUCUCAGACUGGCAUGAUUCAAACUCUCAAAACCGGCCAUUUGAUGCUGAGAGAUACUUUUCCGAGUCUGAAGAAGAAGAGAAAGAGAACUACUAAAGGUUUACAGACUUGUGAAUAUGUUUUGGCAAGAAGUUUGUGGUGGUGCUCAAUUCCCACUUCAUCUCAUCCUCUAUAUAUGCUGCCACUCUGCAGCUGCUGUUGAAGUAUACUCCUGCUGUGAGCUGUGAAUAGCUUGCUGAAUAUUCAGAAUUUUGCAGAACUUGAGGGGAAAUCGUAUUGUAAACGAUAUAGUGUCUCUUCCUUCAGAGAUACGGUUUUGCUUCCAACUCCAAGAGGAAUAUAAGUGAUUUGUAACUUAUGGGAAAAUUGUGUUCUAAACCAUAUAACAUAGUUUCAUUACGGCUGUAUGAUUAUGUGGUCCGAAGUUGAAGCUUUGGUCCUUUUCACUGAAUCAAAUAUUUUCUUUUGGGAA